AUGGCGAAGCGGCGCCUCGCCGCAGCGGCGGGGGCAAACGAAGAUGAGGCCCCUGCAGCACGGAAGGUGCGCAAGGGCAGCAGCAGCAGCAGCAACCGCAGCAGCAGCAGCAGCAGCAGCAGCAGCAGCAGCAGCAGAAUCAGCAAGAAGGACCUAAGGAAUGUAGACCCUAGGAACAUUCGCAAUAAGGCACGCCGCUCUGCAGUGCGGCGGCAGCAGCAGCAGCAGCACAAAGCAGCCAAGAGGGAUAAGAGACGUGCAAAUAAACAAAGAGAGAGGAGAGGCGAAAACGUAGAAAAACAAACCCCCAACACUAUUGAAUCCAUGAGAAGGCCAGAUGACUCCAUCGUGCCGGAUAAUGAUGCAGAGACAGCUGAAGCAGAAGAGGCUGACGAGUUUGCUGCAGUGUUUAGGGGAGAAAGAACUCCAAAGCUCUUCAUCACAACCAGCAACGCCUGCAAACAUCGGUGA